AUGGUGACUGAGGAGGGAGGUGAGGCAACAUCCUUUGCGGUGCAGCAGGAAGACGAGACCUGGGAGUUGCCGCCCUUUCUGAACCAUGUCGACAAGCCGAUGCUGGAGAUGCAGGCAAAUUCCAAUGUCUGGUACCAAGCCCACAUCCUGAACCACAGCACGACGGAGCUCUACGUCCUCUUCCCAGCGAGCGCCCCCGGGCUGCAGAAGGAGGAAAGGGCGCUUGAGGCACGGAGCGCUCAGCAGGACGAGCUGCUGCUGGCAUGGUUCAAGCACCACUACGAGCUGCUGGGGAGGGCAGGCCUGCUCAAGGGCGCGCAGCUGAAGGGCAAUGCCGAGGUGGGCCCCCUGCCCCGGCACGUCCGCGUAUCCCUCCUGCACACCGGCAAGACCGCCACCUCGCCGGCGAUCGCAUCCCCUCCUGCGACUGAUGAGGGGGCUGGGGCCAAGAAGGGCCGAGUGCGGGGGGUGCGUGCGGAGCUGCGAUCCCUUGGCCUCUGGAACUGGCAGCGCGGAGGGGCGAGCUCGUCAUCCGAGGGCCCCAGCGACGACGAUGGCGGUGAGUUUGAUGGGGAGCCGAGCCUGUCGAGGCGGCGGCCGGUGCCGGUAUGA